UUUUAAAGGCAGAGUCGCUAUUUUAUCAAGAAACAUUUUAUCAAGAUUCUGGAAUAAUGUAAAGAUAUUCUAUGUUUCAAGAGGCCCCAGCAGGAAUCAUCUGGUCUGGAUCAGCAUAAAAAUGGAUGGAUCUGCUUCUGAAAUGCGCCCCCCUGCGGGGUGUAAGAGAAAGAGCCCUGAGAGUGUCCUGAUGGAGAGAGCAGACUCCCCUGUACCCAGCUGUGUUUCCAUGAAGAGUGACGCGUCAAUGAAGCAACCACUCACCUUCAGAGAGGAACCUUUUCCUACAGAUCAAAGAGACCAAAUAGAAGAUUGCAGUUCAGAUCUACAUGAUAAAUCGGGUUUAUCAUCCAUAUUGAAGUCACUAGAGGAAAAAGCCAUGAAGUUCCUAAAGGAGGAACUGAAGACGUUUGUGAGGUACCUAGAUCAGAAUUACCCAGAAUGCUCUGAGCCUCAGCUGGAGGAGGACAAUGACCUGGACUGUGAUGGUCAGAUGCAGAAGACCAGUGUUAGAGAAGUAGCUCUGAAGAUCACACUGUACAUCCUGAGGACCAUGAAGCAAAAUGAUCUUGCUGACCUGCUGGACAAGAGGCAGCUCAUGUUGCAACAUCAACAGGAAAUCAAACGUAAACUUAAGAAGCAAUGUGAGUGCGUAUUUGAAGGGAAAGCUAAGGAAGGACAGCCAACACUUCUCAGUGAGAUUUACACAGAACUCUACAUAACUCAAGGUGGGACUGGGAAUGAUGAACAUGAAGUGAGACAGAUUGAAACAGCAUCCAAGAAAAGGCGAACAGAAGAUACUACAGUCAAGUGCAAUGAUAUAUUUAAACCCUUAUGUGGGCGUGUGACACCUAUCAGAACUGUACUCACUAAAGGGGUGGCAGGUAUCGGGAAAACAGUCUCUGUGCAGAAAUUUAUUCUCGACUGGGCAGAAAGAAAAGCAAACCAGGAUGUUCACUUCAUAUUUGCUCUUCCUUUCCGGGACCUGAAUUUGAUUAAGGGUGAAUACAGUCUGAUUGAACUGCUUCACCACGUUGUCCCAGAACUGAAAUCAUUUCAAUCCACUGAGCUGUUUAGGUACAAAGUCUUGUUCAUCUUUGAUGGUCUGGAUGAGUGUCGCCUUCCUCUCGAUUUUCAGAACAAUGAGAGCUGGUUUGAUGUAACAAAGAAAACGUCACUGGAUGUGCUGUUGACUAACCUCAUUAAGGGGAAUCUGCUCCCAUCCGCUCUCCUCUGGAUAACCUCCCGGCCAGCAGCAGCCAAUCAGAUACCUGCUAAGUGUGUCCACCAGGUGACAGAGAUACGAGGGUUCAGUGAUGCCCAGAAGGAGGAGUAUUUCAGGAGGAGAUUUAAUGAUCAGAGCCUGGCCAGCAGGAUUAUCGCACAUGUGAAAUCAUCAAGGAGCCUCUUCAUCAUGUGCCACAUUCCUGUGUUCUGCUGGAUUUCAGCCACUGUGCUUAAGAGGCUUUUUAGUGAGACUGACAGGGGAGAAAUUCCAAGGACUCUGACUGAAAUGUACACACACUUCCUGAUCUUUCAGACAAGUUUAAAAAAUGACAAGUAUAUGAAAAACCAAAAAACUAAGCUUAAGGAAUACAGUAAGCAAUUCCUUUUAAAACUUGGUAAACUUGCUUUUGACAACCUGGAGAAAGGAAAUCUCAUAUUUUAUGAGCAUGAUCUGACAGGGAAUGACAUUGAUGUCACUGAAACUUCAGUUUACUCUGGAGUGUGCACAGAAGUCUUUAAAGAGGAGUAUGGGUUGUACCAGGAGAAGGUGUACUGCUUUGUGCAUCUGAGCAUCCAGGAGUAUCUCGCUGCUUUAUAUGUGUUUCUGUCAAACUCAUCAGCUGACCUGCUGAAGACUGCAGUGAAUCAGGCAUUAGAGAGCAAGAAUGGACACUUGGACCUCUACCUCCGCUUCCUCCUGGGCCUCUCAACAGACUCCAGUAAGACUCUGUUACAAAAGCUACUGGGGCCGACAGAAACCAGCUCACAUACCAUUAUGGAAACAGUCCAAUACAUCCAUCCAUCCAUUUGCCAAACCGCUUAUCCGUCAGGGUUGCGGGGAGUCUGGAGCCUAUUCCGGAAGCAAUGGGCACAAGGCAGGGAACAACCCAGGACGGGGGGCCAGUCCAUCACAGUAGCCCAAUACAUCAAGGAGAAAAUACAGGAGAAUUUAUCUCCAGAAAGGACCAUCAACCUGUUCCACUGUCUGACUGAACUUGGUGACAAUUCUCUAGUAGAGCAAGUACAAAGAUACCUGAAUUCAGGAAACAUUUCAUCAGAUGACCUCUCACCUGCACAGUACUCAGCUCUGGCCUUUGUGAUGCUGAUGUCAGAUGAGGAGCUGGAUGUGUUUGACCUGAAGAAAUACAUCAGAUCGGAUAAACAGCACUGCAGGCUGCUGCCUGUGGUCAAGAACUCCAGGACGGCUCUGCUGAACAGCUGUGAUCUCAUAGAUAAACACUGUGAAGUGCUGUCUUCAGCUCUAAGAUCAAACUCUUCCCCCCUGAGAGAGUUGGACCUGAGUGACAAUGACCUGCAGGAUUCAGGAGUGAAGCUGCUCUCUGCUGGACUGGGGGAUUUACACUGUAAACUGGAGAUACUGAGGCUGUCAGGCUGUAGAGUCACAGAAGAAGGCUGUUCUUCCUUGGCUUCAGCUCUGAGGUCAAACCCCUCACACCUGAGAGAGCUGGACCUGAGCUACAAUCACCCAGGAGACUCAGGAGUGAAGCUGCUCUCUGCUGUACUGGAGGAUCCCAGCUGUAAACUGGAGAAGCUGCAUGUGGAUCACGGUGGAGAGUGCAGGACCAGACCAGGCUUACAGAAAUACUCCUGCCAGCUGACGCUGGACCCCAACACAGCAGACAGACUCCUGUCUCUGUCAGGGGGGAACAGGAAGGCGACACAUGAGUGGGGGGCAGCGCAGCCAUAUCCUGAUCAUCCAGAGAGAUUUGACAGCUGCCUCCAAGUUCUGUGCAGAGAGAGUCUGACUGGCCGCUGUUACUGGGAGGCUGAGUGGGAUGGAGUUACAGCCUGGAUAGGAGUGACUUAUAAAGGGAUCAGGAGGGAAGGAGUGAGGGACUGUGAGCUUGGAGGUAAUGACAAGUCAUGGAUUCUGUGCUGUAAUACUGACAGUUACUCUGUCCGGCACAAUAAUAAAGAGACUCUCAUACCCAUAAAGCCCACAGACUCCCACAGAGUAGGAGUGUAUCUGGACUGGGGGGCUGGUGCUCUGUCCUUCUACAGAGUCUCCUCUGAUGGACUGACCCCCCUGCACAGAUUCACCUCCUCAUUCACUGAGUCCCUCUAUCCAGGGUUUGGGGUUUAUAGAAACUCCUCAGUGUCCCUGUGACGUGUUGCUGGUUCUCCUGGCAAAAAGGUAAAAUCUCUGCUUUUUAACCUUUAUAAUCCUUUUUACUCUGAAAUGUACAGUACUGUGCAAAAGUCUUAGGCAGGCAAAGAAAAUGAUGUUUAGAUUAUCCUCCUGUUGGUGUAAAACUAUGAUAUGAUGCCUGUCAAAGUGUGUCAGCUUCGCCAUUUCAGAACCUCUGCUAAAAUCAUCCCAGUAUUUGCAGCGACCGUCCAGUGCAGCCAUGUAUUUUUUGACUUGGCCACUAGCCCACCUCAUACAGCUAGUCAAUCUCUCACUGACUUUUUAAACCAGUAUAUUUAAUUAUUUAAUUGGGCUGUUGGUGAAAUUUAACAAAAUCAUGGAACGGCUGAGGUGCCCCUGAGGAGAAGUCUGGGAACUGAAGCGGUGUUCAUCUAGCCAUCCAACUAGAUAUCAGUAACUUUUUAGGAAACGGAAGAAAUUAUUACUAGUUUUUAUUGUGUUACUUUUAAUUUGCACACGUUCUAAUGUUAAAUUGUGUUUUUUGUUUUAAGCCAAAGUACAUUUGCUACCCAGAUAAACAGCUUUAAACAUUUCUUUGGACUGCCUAAGACUUUUGCACAGUACUGUAUGUUUGACAGAAAAUAAAUGACUGUGUUCAGUGAACUGAAUAACAUGAAAAAUAUAGUUUUAUACGUUUAUCUCUCUGAGUAAAAUGUAACUAAAUGUAAUCCUGAUUGGGGGGGGGCUUUCCCUCUCCCCUGUAUAUGUACAUAUUAUAUAUUUAUGUCCAUUUACUGUAUUUCCUCCCUGUACAGUGACAAUAAAGGCUUUCUGUUCUGUCCUA